CCCGAAGCUUGAAGUCAGACACGCCCAAAAAGCGGGAAUCUCUUCAUUUGAUUUGGGACCAACCUCGACCUGUCCGAAGCGGUUGAGCCACCCCCGCCCGUCCUGUACGUCAUGACGUCAACGCGUCAGACAAAUGACGUCGGAAGGGAAAGGCGGGGGCACUCGCCAGCGACCGCGACGAAGACGGCGAGUUAAGCGGACGCCGGCGGCUUAGCUUUUGCCGGGGGCACGAAGCCAGUUUGUCCUUGAACCAGAUCCGCCGAUGACAUGGCGACCGAGGAGGCGCAGGAGGCGGAGUCCCUCCCAGAGGCGGCCGCGCCCACGCAGUUAGGAGAGGGCCGAGGCGUCUCGGCCGGCGGUCCGCUCGUUCCCGGCCCCGCCCCCGGCAGAAGGACCCUGAGCUUCGGGAGCGUGCAGACCAAAGUCACUCUGUUGGACGGAUCCGUCUUCAGCUGCACGCUGGAGAAAGGCGCUCGCGGGCUUCAGCUCUUGGACAAAGUCUGCGAGCACGUCAACCUCCUCGAGCGAGACUACUUCGCCUUGUCCUUCAGAGACGCGGAUGACAACAAGAACUGGUUGGAUCCCGGGAAGGAGAUGAAGAAACAACUCAGAGGCAUCCCCUGGAAUUUCUCGUUCAACGUGAAAUUUUACCCCCCCGACCCCGCCCAGCUCUCCGAAGACAUCACCAGGUACUUGCUGUGCCUGCAGCUCCGAGAGGACGUGGCCUCGGGUCGCCUCCCGUGUUCCUCGGCCACUCGCGCCGUGCUCGGCUCCUACACCGUCCAGUCAGAGCUGGGGGACUACGACGCGGAUGAAUGCGGCUCCGACUACGUCAGUGAACUUUGCUUGGCUCCCAACCAGAACAAGCAAAUGCAGGAGAAGAUCACGGAGCUUCACAAAAGUUACAGAGGAAUGACACCGGCUGAAGCCGAGAUGCUUUUCCUGGAAAAUGUCAAGCAACUUUCAAUGUAUGGAGUUGACCUUCACCAUGCGAGGGACUCGGAGGGCGUGGCCAUCAUGCUGGGCGUGUGCAGUAGCGGCCUGCUGGUCUACAGAGACCGACUGAGGAUCAACCGCUUUUCCUGGCCAAAGAUCCUGAAGAUCUCCUACAAAAGGAACAAUUUCUACAUCAAGAUCCGCCCCGCCGAGUUGGAGCAGUUUGAAUCGACGAUCGCCUUCAAGCUGCUCAACCACCGAGCGGCCAAGAGAUUGUGGAAGGUGUGCGUGGAGCAUCACUCCUUCUUCAGACUGCUCUCUCCGGAAGAACCUCCCAAACGCUUUCUCUCGCUGGGUUCCAAGUUCCACUACAGCGGUCGAACGCAAAUCCAGAGCCGCAGGGCCAGCGCGCAGAUUUCCAGACCCGCGCCCCAUUUCCCACGAUGCGUCAGCAAGAGGAACCUGCUGAGUCGCAGCCUCGACGGAGCUCCGAGCGACACGCCCAAAUCCUCUCUCAAUGGCUCUCCGGCCAUCGCUGGAAGCACGCAAACAGACAUGGGAACAGGCCUGUACAUGGUGUCUCAAGCCAUCACUGUCAGCGACCUCAUCACCACGGUGACGCCCGAGAAGAGGAAGGAGGAGCGGGCGGAUGAAGGAAGCACUCGGGAGGGAUCGUUCAGAUCAAUCGAGAAGAUGCAGGCCGGCGGAAAGGCGGAGCAAGAGGCGGGGCAAGAGGCGGAGCAAGAGGCGGAGCGGAGCAAAGUAACGGAGGCGUCGGAAAGUCCGCUGACUCCCGAGCGAACCGACGACAAGCUGCAAAAUACAGAGCUGACAGAGACCGCGGAUGGAGACCUCACAGGAACCGAGUCUGAGCAGGAAGAAGACUUUUUAAAAAGCCAUCAGGAAACCACGUCGGGACCGCGGAAAGUCGAGAAGGCGCCGAGCGCCGUCGGCGACCUGCGCCGCUCUUUCUUAGAGGGAGGGACGCCGGCGGGUGGGCCGACCGAAUGGGAAAAGCGUUUGGCGGCCUCGCCCGUUCGCCGACUUGACGACGCGCCGAUGAUCGAACCUUUGGAAGCGGACGGGCCGAGGCCUCCUUUGAACGAAGUGUCUCCCGAGCUGAGCGCUUUGCUGAAGUCGGCCGGAAAACUCCAAGCGUCCAGAGAAGAAAAUCCACCGAAGAUGUCGGCGAGGGUCCGGACCGUGACGGCGGUGCCCGGGGAGGAGGAGUCAGCGUGUCAGGUAGCGGCAGAAGCGUUCAUGGGACCGCCCCCGCGCGAUCCGCCGCCGCCUCCGCCGGGGGCUUCUGUCAUUCACGCCGAUGACGCCGCAGAAGCCGUAGUCGCGGAUGCCGUUCGAGACGCUCGGCGGCUUCACCGUCAGAAUAAGUUUGGCGGUGGCGGUGACGACGACGACGAGGACGAGCUGAGUAGCCAGGCUAGCGAAGACGAUGAUGUUAGCGAGGCGAGCCAAGAUGCCAUCAGCGUCAUCGCGCAGGCGGUUGCGGAAGAAGCCUUGGAGGCGGGAGGCGGACAGAGACGCAGCCCGCGAGCUGACGUCGCCGCUCGGGCCCGCGCGAUCGCUAGCGCUCCCUGUAAGCACGAGCGGCGCGCGCGGGCGACAACGGAGGCGAAUAUCGGCCCCGGCCCCGGCGCCGGGCCCCGGGCUCUCCCGGCGACCGGUUCAUCACGCCGCUACUGUGACGCGGACGACUCGGAGGAGGAGGAGGAGGAAGGUGGCCGGGCGACUCGCCGAAACGUCCCUUCCCCCGCGCCGCCCGUGUGCGCCUGCCACGACCCCCCCAGCUCGCUUGAGCUCGACGAGGACGGGGAAACCCCGCAAGAGGUAACCCGACGGACGGUGCGACAACCGCUCAGUCCCAGAUAAAGAAGCUCCCGGAUAAAGCGUUCCCACCGAAAGCAACCCGCGGUGACCUUCCGCUCAACGAAUUCCCUGCCAACCCGCUCCCCGUCCGCCACUUCCUUUGAAAAGCGUCCCUCUGAAAGCACGUUUCCCAACUUUGAGCAGUCCCCGCGUUGUCCGCCCCCCCGGAGCGCUCGAGCGCAACUCUCCCCAUUGGGGAUGCGCAGGCUGACCGGCGGGAAGCGUACAGACUCGCUUGAGAGUGAAAGCGUUUUU